UUCCCUUCCUUUCAAUUGGGCCGCAAUUGAAUCUUUUUCGCUUCUGAAUCUGUGCCCUAGCUUCUUCUUCCUCUUCCUCCGCCAUUGCAGGCACAGGCCUCAGCCAACCAACCAAACCCAAUUCUCGAGGGAUCGGAACCUGAGUCGCCGCCAUGGGGAAGAAGAAGAAGAGGGUUUCCUCGAAGGUGUGGUGUUACUACUGCGAUCGCGAAUUCGACGACGAGAAGAUCUUGGUGCAGCAUCAGAAGGCCAAGCACUUCAAGUGCCAUGUCUGCCACAAGAAGCUCUCCACCGCCGGCGGCAUGGCCAUCCACGUCCUCCAGGUCCACAAGGAAUCCGUCACCAAGGUGCCUAAUGCAAAACCUGGAAGAGAGAGUACGGAUAUUGAAAUAUAUGGAAUGCAAGGGAUUCCACCGGAUAUCUUGGCUGCUCAUUAUGGUGAAGAAGAGGAUGAUGUUCCAUCAAAGGCAGCCAAGGUGGAUAUUCCAUCAACUCAGCUUGUAGGUGGAAUGGUGCCACCUCCUUUGGGAGCAGGAUACCCCCCUCGAGCAACCUUGCCCACAAUUCCAUCAGUUUAUAAUCCAGCUGUACCCAUGCCUCCAAAUGCUUGGGUGGUUCCACCUCGACCUCAGCCUUGGUUUCCACAGCCUCCAACUGUUUCAGUUCCUCCUCCUGCUCCAUACACUCAGCAGCCAUUAUUUCCUGUGCAGAACAUGAGGCCUCCACUGCCAGCGACUGCUUCUCCUGCACUUCAAUCUCAAAUUACUCCUCCUGGAUUGCCUACACCUGCACCCAUCCCAGUUUCACAACCUUUAUUUCCUGUUGUUGGAAAUAACCAUACUAUAACACAAACUUCGACAAUUUCUACUGCACCUCUGUCCUCGAGUGUUCCAUCAGUUACUCCAGUGCUGCCUACAAAUGUCCCUGUUGAUGCACAUUUGACUGCCAACCCUUCAGUAACAAGUAGUUAUCAGGCUAUAGGGGUUCCAGGUGGAGUAGCUAGUAACUCACAUUCUUAUGCUUCUGGCCCAAAUACUGGUGGUCCUUCAAUCGGGCCUCCCCCAGUAAUUGCAAACAAAGCUCCUGCAUCUCAGCCUGCCACCAACGAAGUCUACUUAGUUUGGGAUGAUGAGGCAAUGUCCAUGGAGGAAAGAAGAAUGUCUUUGCCAAAAUAUCAGGUGCAUGAUGAAAGUAGCCAGGUAAGUCAUACUACCUCUGUAAUAAAUGGAGUUGCUUUCACAUCUAACCAGAUGAGUAGGCUUUAUGCUUCCUGUUUUCAGAUUCAGUUGUUUACACAUUGUUUCCUAUUUAAAGAGGUACAUUCUGUAUAAAUUUAUAAUUCUUUUCAAAAAUAAAAUAAAUGGAUAGAAAAUAUGAUCCUUUUGAACCCCCCCUCUUCUCUCCAACCUAAAUGGGUAAUGCAUGCUGUUUUAUUUUGAACGGCCUAUAUGGCUGCAAGCUAUGCCUCCUUAUUUUAUGGGCAUCUAAAGAUUCAAAUAGGUGUGGUAUUAAUUUCUUUUGGUAGUUAAUUAUAAUUACCACAACAUAAUUGUGAAGCUUGCUGCAAACAACCAACUUCGUGAUCUUUCAUCCCAGCAUUUGUACACCAUAAAAGAGUAUGUAUACAUGCUUUUUAUCGGGUUUGGUUUUGCCAAUAUUAUUCUGUAUCCCCCUGCUUGAUUUUUAAGUUUGGGGCUUUGGGUGGAAAAUGGUCUUACCCAACAGAUUUUUGCCCAUUCGUAGCAUCAUUACAAUUUAUUUUAUGGAACAAGUGAAUUCAGACUUGGCCCAGGUCAGCUUCUUUCGCAGAGUUUGGAUCUCUUGCCUAGGACGAUGCUCUAAAAUAUUCGGUUUAUUGUUGUAAUUUGUGGUCUAUGCUUACUUACUGAUCAUUAUUAUCAUUUUAUCUUUCAGAUGAGCUCCAUUGAUGCAGCCAUAGAUAAGAGGAUACUUGAAAGCAGGCUGGCUGGUCGUAUGGCGUUUUAGAACAAUCUUAUCCAUAUAUUCUUGUCAUAUUUCUUCAGUGAUAUGGGCUCAAAACGGCAUUUUAAAAAGCUUGACAGCGUUUGUUCAAUAUUCCUUUAUUCAAGAUCCAGCAAGUAACAUUGUCAUCGGUGCGAUUCUUUUGCCAAAAUGGGUAUUGGGCCUAUCUUCAUAGUGGAAUGAAUCAAAGGAAAAAGAUUGAAAUGGUUCUGAUUUCUUACUAGGAAGUUUCAAAACUUGAUUAUUUCUCAUUUCAUACCUUUUCUCCCUUUGAUGUUUGUAGUCAACCUUUAGGAUAUGAUACUGAAAAGAGUAUUAUAUAUUUUGUGUAAUUUAGAUUACAUGUUUUGGGUGGAAAAUUGAAGGCAAUUCUUGGUUCUUCGUUAUUAGUUUCUA